AUGUCAGAACAAACUACAAGGGAAACUAGUUCAGUAGCUUCUCUUUCUAUUGAUAAAGAUAAAAAACCUUUGCCCAACGAAAAAGUCACAGAAAAAUCAAAUAUUCCAGAAGCUACAGAGAAAACAAACACAGAUGAAUUGAAAGUCUCCGAAAGUGCAAAUAAUCUAGGUGAAACACAGAGUCGAGAGGGAUCAAAGAGUCGAGAAGGUUCAAAAAGUGAUGCAAUUCAAGCUAGAGAGGAAACUCCUGAAUCAAGAACUUCACCCACACCAAGUGCAGCACUAAAUGUAAAACAUAAAGAAACUCCUACUUUUACAAAAACGGAUGCAAAACCUAAUUCUACAAGCACUACCGCCAACACAAAUACUCAAGACGUCUCAAAAAAUGCCAUUGGUGAAACUCAAAAUAACAAUACUGAUACGGGGAAAGAACACUUAAAGGAUGGUCAAGAAAUUGUAACAGUCUACGAUCUAGCAACCCAGAUAGAAGGAACUCUUAGUGAACUACAAAAUACUAUGAAUGCUCAUAGCAUUGCUUUCCAAAAAACUUUUGAUAGUAUGGAGAAGCAAUUGAAUGAUUUACUGGCUUCUGCCGAUUUAGAUAAUUAG